CAUGAUCCACCUGCCGCUCUAAGACCCCGAGACGAGUCUCAAAGCUGCAAACAGACCUCCUUCCUCCCCCCCCUGCUUCUGUUUCUCCUUUCUGUUUCACUUUAUCUCCUCGCAUUGGAUUCACCCUUCAGGUUUUAAAGAAGUCCAGUAGCCGUUUUGAAUCCACCUUUUUGGGAUUAAACCCGAGCAGAAGACGGAGAAAUAAAAGGAAAAGGAGCGUGAGAUUUUAUUUAUUUAUUCUGAGGCUCAGCCUAAGACACUCCAGCCUGAUAAGAUCAGAGACAGAAAGGGGGGAGGCUUGUUUCUUCACAGACUGAGUCAGCUGCACAGGGAAACCAUGCCAACCGUCAGGAGCAAGAAGAAGAAGCCGAAGAAGGAUGUUGCCGACGGCGAGGAGCAGGGCGAAGUGGGUCUGGAGCUGGAGGCUGAGACUGAGGAAGUGACCACUAGGAGCCGCUCUAACAGCAGAGACCCUCUGACCCCGGAGCCGCAUGAUCCAGCACCACAGAGGAAGAAGAAAAAGAAGAAGGCGAAUACUAUCGAUCAGGAAGCAGAGCAUGCCGACGUGCCAAACGGCAACAUGGCCGAGUCCGACAUGGACGGAGAGGAACGGACCGUCGCUGUAACCAGAAAGACCAGAAGGAAGAAGAAGGCGAAGGCAACGGAGCACUACAGCAAUGACCUCGGAGCCGAAGACGACGAUAUCGUCUCAGGCGCCCAGUCCCCGAUCCCCCAGCAUUCCCUGUUCUCCGCCCCCCGCGGACACAGCCAACCGGUCGGCAAAGUCUUCGUGGAGAGGAACAGGCGUUUCCAGGCAGAGCGAGUUGAGCAGCUUCGACAGUCAGAGCUGAUGGAUGACUACAUGGACCCCAGACAUAUCUGGACCACCAGAGACGUCGCUAUGAGGGUCCACAACGGCUUCAGGGUGAUCGGUCUGUUCUCUCACGGCUUCCUGGCCGGCUACGCCGUGUGGAACGUCAUCGUGGUGUACGUGUUGGCCGGCGAGCAGAUGACGACGCUGCCCAACCUGCUGCAGCAGUACCACCUGCUGGCCUACCCGGCCCAGUCGCUGCUCUACCUGCUGCUGGCCAUCAGCACCGUGUCCGCCUUCGACAGGGUGAACCUGGCCAAAGCCUCCAUGGCUCUGAGAGGCUUCCUCACACUGGACCCCGCUGCUCUGGCUUCUUUCUUGUACUUCAUAGCCCUGAUCCUGUCCCUCAGUCAGCAAAUGACCAGCGAUCGCAUCAACCUCUAUCCUACAGGCAACCAGACUCUGUGGCCCCCGGGGUCGGAGCAGCAGAUCCUUCAGCCAUGGAUCGUAGUGAACAUGGUGGUGGCGCUGCUGGUGGGCCUGGCCUGGGCGGUCGUCUCCACGCGGCCCGACAUCGACUACACAGAAGAGUUUUUGAUGACAAUGGAAGUGGAGGGAUACCCGAGAGGAGACGAUCUGGACAACCCUGCCUGAAAACCUGUCUGUCUGUCUGUCUGUCUGUCUGUGUGACUGUGUGACUGUCUGUCUGUCUGUCUGACUGACUGCCUGUCUGUCUGACUGUCUGUGUGUGUGUGUGUGUGUGUGUGUGUGUGUGUGUGUGUGUGUGUGUGUGUGUGUGUGUGUGUGUCUGUCUGUCUGUCUGUCUGUAUUUUUCUGUACUAUAUAUAUUUUGUAUUCACUGUAUGUUGUUGACAGUAGCAGUACUUUGCCUUAUUGUUUAUUCCCUUUUGUAACAUAUUUAUUGAGUGUACACAACAAAUACAAUAACAUUCAUUUUUACAAUUAACACCUGAAGUGAUAAAGGCACUCGCAGAUUACAGAGAGGUACAAAAUGUAAACCAUGUGUAAAUGUAAAUCUUUUUACAGUUCAUGCAUUCAUUAUGUUCUGCACACUCCUUGCAAGUGAUAACUUACUAAUAAACAUGAUUAUAUCCUGAA